GCGGCUGGACAGCGAUGGAGACACUACUGGCGAUGACUUUUGCUACAGUUUGACGCAGCUGUGCACCGAAAACCGCCCGUUCAGGUUUUUAUUUUUCAUCCCCCUUUUAUUUGCAUCAGAGCUACGGGAAUGGAGCAAGCACCCAGCGCGCCGAGCCCUCCUUCCAAACCGGCCCAUCACGAGCCCAUCAGCUUCGGCAUCGACCAGAUCCUGGGAGCCGGUACGGAGCCGGAGAGCGGACGCACGGCUGGAAGACAAAGUGGAUCCGAUUUAAGCAGCGGGGACGGUUAUUACAGUUUAGGAAGCCCGACCGGGGCCAGCGCGCCCUCUUACGCCGCGCUGUCUAUCUCCCUCUCCGGUAUAAUGCCUCCAGUGGAGGCUCCGGGUUCGUACGGGGAGAGCAGGAGUCUGGGAAGCCGGGGAGUGAUUCGAGUCCCGGCGCACAGACCCAUGACAGCCCCUGGACCCCCGGCCACUGUCCAGGGCGCCGUGCCUGGGUUCGGAGGGCUGUGCUUCCCCUGGAUAGGAAACAGGUUCGCCAAGGACAGGAUAUCAGCAGCGCUUGUGCCGUUCGCGGUCACGCGGCGGAUAGGACACCCGUACCAGAACCGGACGCCUCCCAAGCGGAAAAAGCCCCGCACGUCCUUCUCCAGGGUCCAGAUCUGCGAGCUGGAGAAGCGCUUCCACCGGCAGAAGUACCUGGCCAGCGCCGAGCGCGCGGCCCUGGCCAAGAGUCUGAAGAUGACGGACGCACAGGUCAAAACCUGGUUUCAGAACCGCAGGACCAAGUGGAGGAGACAGACAGCCGAGGAGAGGGAGGCGGAGCGUCAGCAGGCCAAUCGGCUCAUCCUGCAGCUGCAGCAGUCCGCCCUCCAGAAGUCUCUCGGCGAAUCAGCGGUGACGGAUCCACUGUGCGCGCACAACUCCUCCCUGUACGCGCUGCAGAACCUGCAGCCCUGGGCCGAGGAGCGGGAGUAGAGAUCCAACUCUCUGCGCUGCGAUCAAUACGCAUCUUAUCUGUGAUCCCUGGGAGGAUUCAUACAUUCAAUUAGACCUACAUGAGGACAGUGGGACUUGUUUUGAUCCAUGCAAUGGACAGAAAAAAAUAAUAAAUGUUGGAACAGGAAAAAAAAAAAACUGAAGUGGUGCCACAGCCAGAACUGGACCUGAAGUGAUGGUGAGUGAUGCCUGUUUUUAAACAGAAACUGAACUCUCUUGGACUAAAUCUUGCAGCUGUGUACCUGGAGACUUUGAGACUUUUCAAAUUUAAAGAGGAGCUGAAACAGAACCUGUCAUUAAAAUUAAAAUGUGAUUGUUCUCUUA